AUGCCCGUCAUGUUCGAUUCCCCGGACAGUCUGCUCGAUAUCGAACUCGAGAUUGUGUCGGCCAAGGGCAUCGACACCGGUGACUACCUCGGCCUCAAGACCGCUCUCAAGGGCGAGUUCUCGUCGAGGGACGCGUACGUUUACAUUGAGAUCGACGGCCAGAAAGUGGCCUGGACGCGGCCGAUCUUCGACACGCUCAAGCCUGAGUGGAACGAGAAGUUCGUCUUCAAGAAUGUCCAGCACUCGUUGGUGUUCAAGCUUUCGCUGUUCGACAAGGAUGUGGACGCCGACGACGAGUUGGGCGAGGCGCAGUUCAUUGCCGACACCGCUAUGUAUGCCACGGAGACUGCGUUCGACCUGCCGAUCACCAUGGCCGGUAGAAACGCCGGCACACUUAGUAUCAAGGUGAAUUCGCACCCUGUGAGCGUUGACGAAGACGCCGAGCUGCAAGAGGUCGGACCUGUGCGCUACUCUGUGCACUCGAGCUUUUCGGCCGGGCUUCUGUCCAUGCUAACGUCCAACGACGACCGACUCGAGUCCGGGCCUACCGCUACCUACGGCGCGGUUUCCUCGCCCAACGAGUUCUUCGAGCUCAUUCACAACGGUAGACACCAGGACAAGCCCGUGCUCUUCACGUACGUCAUCACCAACAAGGGACAUGCUCUCACGCACAUACUGCACUCGGGAGCUGCCUUCUCUGUCAAGUACGCCGGCGAAUUCCGCAUUGACACCGACCGGUUCGACAUGCCCACGCUGUUUAUCGACAACAACAGUGGCACGUACGCGCCGCCCACCGAAGACCUGCUUCAGCUCCAGGCUCUCAUGGAAAACAACGCCCCUGGAAUUAAUUGCAUCGCGCUCGACCAAAACGACGAAUCAUUGCAGGAGGCGCACAAGGAGACCCUGGCCGCAUGGGAGUAG